GUCGCUCAAAUUAGGUCAACUGCCGCGUGUACUAAACGCACCUAAAAACCAGUUUUCUUCGCAGGAACCGAAAAUCUCAACUGACACUUGCUUCCAAUUGCAUCCGCGAACGUUCAGAAUAUUGUACGGCGAAGAUCGGCUUCUUAUUUGAAAACGGGAAGACGCCAAUUAAAAGUAUCAAUCAGAUCAGUGCAUGCAGGUGUAAUUUUCGAUCUAGCAGUUAAAACCUGAAUAAAAACUCUACAGUGCAGAUAUGUACGAUCAAAAGGAAGAUGAACGAGGCUAUCUGGUAUACGCUAAUCGUUACAACGGUUGCACCCAGAACGAUAAUCCUAAUUUAACUUAUGUGGUAAGCAAGAUCAAUGAGAAGUUCUCCUCCUCCAAGUACAGUACGUACCGAUGCGCCUGUAAGCUUUUUGCGUUGCAAAAAGCACUUCACACUUGCUAUAUUCCUUACCAAACUGUCUGCACAAUACUGGAACGUCAUCGUUUAAAUCUCAUUGAUACGGCCCCCGCAAUAAAGGCAUCACAACUGACUGCCAUCCUCCAUGAUGUCUACUUUGCUGCAGAUCAAUUGGGAUAUUUCACAGACCUUACACAGCGUCCAAAUAGAGAAACACUUAUCGCUACCUUAGCCGGUCUGUUUUGGGCUGUUUAUGAUCCCAAACGAUGCAAUCCACUCUCAGUGUUGGAGGUUAAGCAAACGUUUCUUCUGCUCUGCGAAACGCCAAAUUUCGAUCAGAUCAUAUGGGAGCAUUACCAGCUGACGAGUGAUCAUAACUUAUGCGUAUCGCGACACCGCUUUGAGGCAAUGUUAUUGAAUUUGGCUAAGCUGUUAUCCUUUGUAGGAGAACCGGACCAUCUUAGAACUAAAUUGGUACAAGAAAUUGUUAGUGAAUGUUUCUUGAACUUUCCUGGACUCGUGGGAUUAACGGAGUACCAAUUCUCUUGCCUGUGGAAAUUAUCGUCCAAGUUUUCGUACUAUUCAAAUAUACUUUCCCUUUCAAAGCGUUUAAAAGAUUCCGAAUACAUCAUACACAAUGUUCAAUGUAGUGCUUGUCGAGGUACUAUUCAGGGAUUGCGGUUUAAAUGCCAGAAAUGUCGGAAUCUUUCGCUAUGCAUUGAUUGUUUCAGUCAAGGUUUUACCAGUAAAGGCCACAACAUUGGUCAUAAAAUGUUUGAAAUAAGCACAAAUGAAACAACAUCAAACAAGUUUUGUACCAUAUUCUGGAAAAUAUGCAAUUUGUUUACAAGGUCACAAAAUUCAGCGAGUCUUGCUCAACCACAAUCCACAUUUGACAAUAUGGAAGCAAAACUAAUUGAUACUAAUGCAGUGGAAUUACAGGAAAUAGAUCAACCUCCUGCAGCUAGUAGUACCUUAAGAGGUGGUACCUGCGGUGGUACCACUCUUUCUCAUUCACUCAACUCUACAAGCUGUGCAUCGCUUCGAAAAGCGUCUAGCAAGAAUACGAGCAUUUUUAGCAAUAUUGAAUGUCACCUAUUCACCAGUAGCCAGAGCCAAAACUUGAGUGAGAAACUCUCUGCCGUGCUUGAAUUAUUAGACGACGACAACGAAAAGUAUCGGAUUAAAUUGGCAAACUUGAAAGCAAGUGGAACAGUAGAAAAAGCUUUGUUAGAUUAUUUCGAUGAACACUGUAAGCUUGUGGCUGAACAGUUGAAAGUUCUGAAAGAAGUUGGUAGUAAGAUGAAAAGAGGUUUUCCCCAGAGUUCCAGCACGCCGUACCGCAACCAGGAGAGUGAAAGUAAGAAGCGAAUAUCUCUUUCAGCUGUAGCACUCGAGCGUUCGAUACAUGGAGCCGAAUUGAACAAAUCUUACGUGAACGAACAACAACCGGCAGAGCUUUCAGUACGAGAUGUUAGCUCUUGGUUUCAUUUGAACCGUCCAACCGAUACGAUGCUUGCAGAAUUGGAACGCUCAAAUGAAAACGAUUCUAAAGAGCGCGGUAACAAUUUAUCUACUGUAGACGAACUUAAUCGAUGUAUUGAUAAUUUGAAAAUCGACACACAAAUGACAAACUUCAAAGAUUUGCUUUUGAAGGUUCGAGAGAUUGUUGAUGAUUCAUACAGCGAUAACACGGAGCUAGCUCGAACAACCCAACAGCUUGAAAAAGCCCUUGAUCAUAUUAUUGCAGAAGAAGAAAGGAAAAGAAUUCUUAGUGCUGCAGUUUGAGGCCGUUUCUUCCAGUUUCUUCAAACAUCUUAUUUUAUCAGAAACAUAUCAAGGACAUUGUACACAUUAAGACAGACAGUAUUUUUAAAAUAAAAUGUAAUGAAC